UCCCUCCUCCUAUCUCCUCCACAUUCCAAUCUUUGUAUAAAAGAAAUUUGACGGAGAGGGAUAGAGAGUACCCUCUUGUUUAAAGGUUAGCUAAACUAUGACAAGCACCAGUAACAUGCAACAAGCUGGUAGCGACAUAUGCGACGUGCUAGAGUCGGCAGCCAUCGAGGCAACAUCACUCUCUGACAAGGAAAGCAUCCAGUUGGCAACAUGUCCACGGGCACACGCUUGUCUUCAAGGAUUAGUGGAGAGACGGUUCCAUCCAAUUCACUUGAGAGACUUUUAUUCUGUCAUUAACUAUCUCUUACUUCGUCUUUCUCUACUGCUUCAAGAAAAAGACUCUCAUGAGAGAGGAGGAGGGGGAGGAGAAGGAGGUGCUGCUGCUGCUGCUGCUGAAGUAGCUAAACUGAAGAGACAAGUUGCUGAACUACAGAGAAAGAAUAAGGAGAGAAAGGCAAAGUAUGAUGAGCUGUACAGAAUAAACCAGCAAUGGCUUGCAGACUACAACGACCUCAAGAAGCAAAUGAGUGUCUCAUUGCGCCAGGAAGACUCCAUCCCCUCACUACCUUGCCAACAGUGCAUUACCUUGGAGAGAGACGUAGAAGAGAAGAUGACACUUUUGAAAGACUUGGAGAUCCAGCUUGAGAAGAUGACAGCCAAGAGCAAGGACGCAAGAAAUGAGCUGGAGGAGAAGAAUGUUAUCAUACAAGAUCUGAUGAAUGAAUGCUCAGCCCUAAGACUACAGUUUCAAGAGAUUGGAGGUCUCUCAGCUGCUAUGAGGCAGAGAGAUGACCGGGAAGACCUCAUCAAGGAAGUUCAGAGACUGAGAGAGAAAAACACUGAGCUGGAGAAGGAGAGAGCUAAAAUCCAAACACAACUUAAUCAAUUCCGUCUCUCUGUAAGACAACUAUUAUUUAACUCUUCUUCACAAAUGAACCACACCCCCAACCACACACAGUACCAGUCGUCCUCAUCACGAUUGGCCAGUCACGCCCAGGCUCCUCCCACAAGCUCUUACCACAAAUCAACCGGAGGAGACACUUAUGAUGUCAGAGUCCCUCCUGGUAUGGCAGCUGAUGGAUAUGUAUAUCCUAAACAAUUUGCACCAAAACAGACUCCACGCCAUUACAUAUCGUACAAUCCGUCUUCUAACGGUUACAAGACCCCACCAACACCACCGGGCCUACUAUCGCGUGGUAAAUACCAGCACGAUUGGGACUCGUCUCCUACAAGGCGCUACGAGGCCCACCCAUACAAACCAGACACUAUAGUUGAGCAAGUGCCAGGGGGCGGGAACCCUAGCAUCCCGAUGCAACCGAGACUUGGCCUCCCUCCUCAAAGAGCAAUGACAUCAAGCCAGUUUCUUGAUCCAUCAAUAUAUCAACAAGACAAGUUAUUGUCACCUAUUAAUAACACUCCACGGCCAAUGUCUGCUCCAGGCUCACUCCUUGUCUCACCGUUUUCAUCUGACGUCCACAUGCUGUCCACCCUCUCACACUUGAACCAUCAGUCAGACAGUCAUUCGGCAGCCUCUACUCCCAACUCAACUAACACAAGCAUGACUGACCUCUCUCUACUCCACACGUCUUCUGCUCACACUGGGGAAUACAGUACAGCCAGGCCCCGCCCAGCGUCCCUUAAACUCCAGCAGGACGGCUACCGUACCAGCAAUAGCGCCACUUCAAGUCCUCAUUAUUCUGAGUCCAGUGUCUUUAGCGAUAAGACCAUCCAGUGUCACCAUUGUAACAUGGAGUUUCCACGGCACCCUGAUUCCUGUGAUGCCUGGCUGGACCACAUUACUAACUGUGCUUUAAGCGGACAGUGAUCAUGUGAUAGUCACGUGACAUUAAACAUGCACAUACAUGUACACCUUAUUGUCUGUUGUGUUUAUUGUGAAAUUGUGAUGAUUUGCAACAAUUAAUCAUUAAAACACC